GAAAGCCACAGAUUCCUGGCUAGCAUUAAAGAAAGCCAUUUAGUUUCUAUAUUAAAGAUGCCCAAGACAAGAAGAUCAUGGAAGAAAUCCAACAAGAAAGCAGAGGCAACAUCAAACCUGCCAUUAUGGCUGAUGGGUGUGAGAGAACGACUCCUAUUAACAUGGAGAUAUCGAGCUCCCAGCCUGAGUGUUUGCUGAUGGUAUUGGCCGACAGUGGCCAGCAAGAAACACAUCAAUCUCCGAGAAAGCCCCGAAUGCACAAGGUUCCAGCAAUUCUGCGUGACAUCAAGAAAAACAAGGAACACUUUGAUCCUAUGGUGGUCACAUUUGGUCCUUAUCACCAUGGCAACCCGAAGCUUGCAAUGUUGGAGAAGCUCAAGAUCACAAUAGCAAAGCAGUUGGUCAUGGGGAGAGACCUUAAAGAUUUCUACAAAUUCGAUGAGGUGGCUCAUGAUGCGAGGGAGUGUUAUGAUGAGGAAUCAAUCGCUCGGUUCAGCAACGCAGAAUUCAUUAGCAUGAUGUUCCUGGACAGUUGUUUUCUCCUCCAUUUCAUUGAUUGCCUGAUGAAAAACAAGCUCGAGGAUACAAAGAUGCAUAACUACCAAAUAGCUUUUGUAAUAAGAGACAUAUUCUUGUUGGAGAACCAAAUCCCCUUUGUAGUUCUCCAGGCAUUGAUGAGCUUGAACAUUCCUGGAAAUGACGGAGAAGAGGUGGUCCACAAAUUCAUCAAGAUGCAAAGUAUUCUCUAUUACCGACAUUCCAUGGAGAAACGUGAUCAUCCCCCUCAUAUCCUUGACCUUCUUCGGAACGAGCUUGUUGGCACAGUACUACAGCCGAAAUCUCCACAGACAUCAGGCAGCUUGUAUACGUGGUAUACGUUCCGUUCAGUCACAGAACUUAGGGCUGGGCGGAUUAAAUUCAAUAAAGGGAAUAGUUCAAGCUUGAAGGAUGUUAGGUUCAACAACUUGAAUGGAGAUCUGUUCCUUCCUCCAAUUGUUGGGGAUGACUUAACUAUGACUAUGCUCUUGAACUUUGCUGCCUAUGAAGCAUGCCCUGAUUUCCCUAAUGACUUAACAGUUAACUCUUACAUCUGUUUCAUGGAUGGACUUAUUGAUGAUGCCGAAGAUGUGAAAGAGCUGAGAUCAAAGGGCAUACUCCUUAACUUAGUUAGAAACGACGAAGAGGUGGCUGAUCACUUCAAUGGUUUGGCUACCAACUUGGUUCCAAAUCCAAAUGAGUAUCGAGAUGUUUACUGCAGCAUUGAGAUGUACUACAACCAAUGGCGAAAUGUCAUUGCAAGGACUUCUUGCAUGACUAAUUUGCGAGAGAAAUAUUUCCGUAACCCAUGGACUGUCAUUGCCUUAGUUGCUACUGCAUUGGCUCUCCUGCUUACCAUGGUUCAAACAUAUUACACAGUCUUCCCUCGCAACAACAACAACAAAGACAGCUCCAAGAAGCCCUAA